GCCGCCGGUAUUUGCGUUUCGGUAACGACAACAGUAUUAAUAGUGAUAGCGGCUCGCUGACGCUACGUCGAGUCCGGGACGUUUCAAGACUGACGGCGACGUACAACUUACCCGCCUCCGCCGCCGUACGCCGAGAUUUGUCCUCGCGCGUUUUCACGUAAUCCGCACGUCACCGUUUUGCGCGCGUGUUCGUGCGUGCCAUCGCGCGUGUACGUAAUUGAUAGUGCCGUCGGCGACAGCUCUUUGCGCAGUAUUCUUCGCGGUGCAGAGUUGUUCGUACGCGUCCUCGCGCGUAUCGUACCCGUACGGCGUUCUGGACAUUAUAAAUCACGCGCUCACGGUUUCUUCAUCGCAAAUCCGUCCGCUGUGUUCUCGCACUCGUUUGUUCGACGACCACCGGUGCUGAUAAAUUCCUCAGGACCAACACACCAGUGAUGUCCUAUUACUGCUAGCUGUUCGUUCAAAACCAUAACACGAAAUGGAAAAUACUUAUUUAUUGUCUGCUUUCAAGACAAUUUCCUUUAUAUAUGAUGUUAUAACAUAUCCAGUAUAUUUAAUAUUACAACAACCAUGGAAUAAAAAACAGAAAUCUCAACGAAUGAAAUCCAAAAUUACCGUACUAGAUGAUAACACCAUUCUUAUUAAAACCUUAAGUACAUUUUCACCUAAUCAUCUUGCUCUAGUCAAGGAUAAAAUAGAUACAUUAUAUAAAGUAUUUCAAUAUUCUGUGAAUAAAUAUUCAGAAUCUCGUUGCCUUGGAACUAGAGAAGUACUAGCUGAAGAAGAUGAAGUACAACCAAACGGGAGAAUUUUCAAAAAAUAUGUCAUGGGAGAUUACAAGUGGAUGACAUACAAAGAUGUAGACAAUGCAUCUGAUUAUUUUGGUAAUGCUUUAAUUUCCCUUGGUCAAAAACACAAAGAAAAUAUAGCAAUAUUUGCUGAAACAAGGGCUGAAUGGAUGAUAUCUGUUCAAGGCUGUUUUAAACAAAAUAUACCUGUCGUAACAUUAUAUGCAACCCUUGGUGAAGAAGCGAUAGCUCAUGGAAUAAAUGAAACUGAGGUAUCAAUUGUCAUUACUUCACAUGACUUAUUACCAAAGUUUAAAAAUAUUUUAAAACUUACUCCUCGAGUAAAAACAUUGAUUUACAUGGAAGAUCAAUUGACCAAAACAAAUACCAGUGGCUUUAAAGAUGAUGUAGAAAUAAUAUCAUUUAAAUCUAUUCUACAAAGAGGCUCUGAAUACACAGUUACGGAUAGAAAUUUACCAAUUCCAAGUGAUAUUGCAAUUAUUAUGUAUACUAGUGGUUCAACUGGUGUUCCCAAAGGUGUUAAUUUAACUCAUACGAAUCUAAUAGCAACACUUAAAGCCUUUAAUGAUGCUAUUCAAAUCGAUCCUGAGGAAGAUGUGUUUAUGGGAUAUUUACCAUUAGCACACGUUUUUGAACUUCUUGGUGAACUAGCUUGUUUAUUAUGUGGAAUUCGAAUUGGAUAUUCUACACCAUUGACCAUGAUAGAUACUUCUAGCAAAAUUAAACGUGGUACUAAAGGUGAUGCAUCCAUAUUGAAGCCAACUGUCAUAACUGCUGUUCCUCUUAUACUUGAUCGAAUCUACAAAGGCAUUAAUGAAAAAGUUUCUAGUGGAACUACAUUACAAAAAACAUUGUUCAAAUUUGCAUUUGAAUAUAAGAAAAAAUGGAUAGAACGUGGAUUUCAAACUCCAUUAUUGGAUACGUUAGUUUUUAAAAAAACAAGUGCAUUAUUAGGUGGCCGUGUACGAUUUAUCUUAUGUGGAGGUGCACCUCUUUCACCAGAAACGCAUACACUUAUUAAAAUUUGUGUAUGUGGAGUUGUUCAACAAGGUUAUGGACUUACAGAAACUAGUUCAUGUGGAUCUGGCAUGAGUCAAGAUGACAUGUCUACUGGUAGGGUCGGUGCUCCAUUAACUGUAAAUGAUUUCAUGUUGGUCAGUUGGGAAGAAGCUAGUUACAGGAUAACUGAUAAACCCUAUCCUAGAGGCGAACUUAUUAUAGGUGGAGAAAACAUAUCUCCUGGAUACUAUAAAAAUCCAGAAAAAACAAAAGAAGAAUUUUUUGAAAGAGAUGGACAAUGGUGGUUUAAAACUGGUGAUAUUGGUCAGCUGGAAUCUGAUGGUUCCAUAAAAAUAAUAGAUCGUAAAAAAGAUUUAGUAAAAUUGCAAGGAGGCGAAUAUGUUUCUUUAGGCAAAGUAGAAUCACAACUCAAAACUUGUCCUGUGGUUGAUAAUAUAUGUAUUUAUGGAAGUUCAUUCCACAUGUACACAAUUGCUUUGGUUGUACCUAAUAGAAAUCACUUGGUAGAUAUGGCUAGAAAGUUGAAUAUUGAAAAUAUCAAUGAAUUAAGUAGUGAAGAGUUGUUUUCAAUUAAAAUUCUACAGAAAGCUGUUUUAGACGAAUUAGCUGCACAUGGUAGAAAAAAUAAACUUGAAAGAUUUGAAAUACCCACAGCAAUUAUAUUAUGUAUUGAUGUUUGGACACCUGACAAUAAUCUAGUCACAGCUGCUUUCAAACUAAAACGAAGAGAAAUUUAUGCUAAAUACAAAACUCAAAUUGAUAAUUUGUAUGAAUCUUGAUAAAAUUUAUACAGCGUUUAUUAAACAAUGAAGACCAAAAUCACUAAUUUUUUAUACUACUUUUAGAGUAUGUUUAUUUUACCAAAAGCAAUUAUUUUAUUUUAUAUUUCUAGUAUUU